UAAAAAACGUUUUUUAUUUUUUUAAUUCUAAAUCGUUUAUUUCAUUUUGAAACAGUUUUUAUCAAACCAAAUGCAUUUUAUUCUCUUUCACUUCUAAUUUUUCAUUUUGUAUCUUUACACAUCACUAUUCAAGCUCAUCAACUGACAUUUUCGAUCUCUGCCAUGUCCGAAGAUUCACCCACAUUGCCACUGCCCACAGAGAAAGGCGUGAAUGGUCCUUUUCCUGUCGAGCUUUUAUUAUCCGUAUUUACUUAUUUAGACGGUAUUACUCUGUCCACUUGCAGUGAAGUAUGUCGGCAAUGGUAUCAACUUAUUCAUCAUUAUGACGACCUAAUAUGGCCACAUGCAUGCCGUCGAGACUUUGAAGGAGUUACCAUUCGACGUUUUUGGUCUUUGCAAUUCCCUGAUCCAGCAACGUCAACCAUGUUAGCAAACAAAAGAACUUGGCAAGACAUGUACCGAAUUAGUAGAAACUGGUAUACAGGUCAUUGUAAAGCAUAUUAUCCACGAAUAAAUACCGCCAGAAGCAACAAGAACAGCAGCUGCAAUAGCAGCUCUUUAACUCCUUGUACCGUUAUUGGAUCACCUCAAGAACAAGGGAUGUUUACUACUUUAACUCUAUCUUUAAAUGGUAAAAUAAUCCGUUCAAAUCCAAAUUACCACCAUCAUCACUCAAAUCGACACCACCAACGACCACAUCCAAAUUUAAUGAUUCAGUCUCCAUAUACGCACGAGAAAAGCUUUCUACAACCUAUGACCAACAAUCUAGAGGAGCAACAGCACCCAUUUCAUUCUAUUGUUUGUCAUUAUACCUGUCCGACCUCCAACUUACUAGUCACAGGCGAGUUGAAUGGUACUGUCGCCGUUUGGGAUCUGUUUACCAAGAAACUGAUCAGACGAUGGACAAAUGGACACCGCGGCAGAGUAUUAUGUGUCAGCAUCAAUCAACAAGUGGUGGUGAGUGGAGGAUCCGAUAAUCAGAUAAGAGUGUGGGAUUUGAAAGACAAGCACCAUCGCACCACCUCUACUUCUGACGAUGACCAAGAAUGGCUUUCUGCCUUGCCUUCUUUCAGAACAAAAAGACGUGGCAUGAUAGAUAUCACAACCUAUUUGUCUGAAAGACAUGACUGGUAUCAAGGUGUCGGUGAAAUUGCUAUCAAUGGGAACUUGGUUGCUUGUGCUCCGGAUGCCUCGGGUCCUAUCUUGGUCUUUUCGCUGUUAACCGGUUCUUUAGUCUAUGAACUGAGACCGCCAAAACUAUCCUCUUCGCAUUUCAUGAAUACAUCAGCACACGACGAUCACGAAGCCAUAGAAAGCACAGCAUUUAUACGUCUUUGUCUGACGCCUUUCUUCUUGUUGACAAAAGGAAAAGUGGCAGUGCAUCGCUCCGAUAGCGAUCGAUUAGUACCUUCAAAAGACAAUGUUGUGGAGCAACGUAAACAGUAUACACAAAUGAAUAGGAAAACAACAGUAGGCUAUAUAGCGAGCACAAGUACAUUAUUGAGUAAUGAACGACCACCACCAUUAGCACAAAUGACUCCUUAUCAAUUAUACCAAUAUUAUCAGUCAAAAAACAACGAUACCAGUGGUAACAGCAGUCAUUUUUCUACGUCGUUCAACGACAGCGAUGCCAAUAUACCAGUACCUCAAGUAUGCGCUUGUAUUAAUGUAUGGGACCUACGCACCGGCAAAAUCAUUUAUCGACUUGUGCCUAAAUUGGCUGAAGGAGAAAUUUAUCAAAACUACACCAUUACGGAUAUACGUGUCUCGCCAGAUUGUUCAAAGGUGUUUGCAUCCAUUGAAAUUAGAGGCAGACAUCAUCAUGAAGAGAAGCUCUAUUGCUGGGAUUUUGCGCUUCGUCAUUUAGAAGAUGAAAACCAAAAAGACUUGGAAGUGACUUAUUUGGACACUACGGAAAAAGAGUUGGAGACGACUGGUAAAUCAUGGAUUUGCUUUAUGUAAAAUUAGCCGUGUACAGUAUCCAUGCGAUGCUCGAAUAGGUCAUCCUUUUCUCAUAUUAUACCCUCAACAAACAUUCAUUUCUUGUUGUUCCUGUACAUAAUAAACUUCUUAUCUUUUAUUUUAUAAACUGAAAAUGAUUAAAAAUGAUAGUAUGCAUUAUAAAUUGAAAAUUGGCAGAAAUAAACCGUUGAUUGCUGUUUGAUGGUCGUAGUCUCAAUUCAAUCAUGGCAUAAACCAUUCCUCUAACCCGACAGAUCCGCAAAAAAAAAAGACUCGCCUACGAAAAA